GGUUCCGACUUGCCCGGGCCCAGGGGCCUCGGCGCUGCCCCGCCGGCGGCAGGGAAGGGGCAGCGGCCCCGAGACCCGGAGGAGCCUCUCUCGGCGGCUAAGCGGGGCCUUGGGGCAAGGCUGCGGACGGGAGGCUGUGGGGAAAGGACCCGGUAGGGGCGGGCGACGCGGGGGAGCGCCCGUAAGCAGCCCCGGGAUAGGUUGAUAUUCCCGGGAGCGUGGAAGCCGAAGGGAAAACGGCGCGGAGCCGUUUCCUCCGCAGCAGUAACAUCGCGAGACUUGGCGGGGGCGGGAUCUCGGAGGGCCACGAGAUUUGGGGGGUUGUGUUGGGGCGGUGCCCCUCCUCCACCCCUGCAUUCUUCCCCGCCCCGAAUGGAGGGAGCUAGAACUCUGGGUGGGCGGCUCCGACCUCGGCUCCAACCUCCGACGUUUCCAGGCGACAGCCAUUCAGCCCGGUUGCUGGGACACGCGUCACCAUGGCUACGGCUCCGCGCCGCACGGCCCGCGUAUUUAAAGGGGAGGCGCGCAGCACGCCCGGGCGUCGGAGAAUCGCCGCCCGCGAGGCUCUGCGGUUGGCUUCCAGCUCCUCUUCCCGGCCUCUCCACGCACCCAUUUGCUCCUCGACCUGGUCCAGACAGCCCAAGCUGGACGUCUCUUCACCGCUGCUCAUCCUGCCGAGCAUCUGGCUCUGCUCGGCCCGGCUCCGGGGGAGUGGGGACCCCGGGCCCCGGGCGGGCGGGAGGGACGGGACGCGGUGCAGUGUUGUUCUUUCCCCGCCAAUAUUGCACUCGUCCCGGCCUCCGGCCCCUCCGGCCCCCCGGCCUCCCCCUCACCCCGAGCAGGGCAGCCUGGCCCCUGACGGCCGCCUUGAGGAGACCUCGCCUGGACGGGCGCCGCCCGCAAUCUCAGGACCUCACCAUUGCACCGAUACUGUAGAUUAGACCAGAUGAUGUUUUCUUGGGAGAAGCAGAAGACACCCAGGCGACCCCCCCGCAUGGAUGUAUCAAUGAUCACCCCGGAAUCUGCUACCAGCUG